AUGCAACGGCCUGUAACUGGCGCGAUCCGCAGCUUCCGGCUCUUGAAGAAACGCGCUAGCUCUUCAGCUGUAGCUGCCGUGGUUACUUCAAGACCUGUCCUCCCUUGGGAGCCCUCUCGAGGCAUGGAUAACUUCUCAGCUCUCAUCAAUCGCACCUCAACAUCACGCACAGCAACAUCAAACACAAUGGCCAGAACAACGCUAACUCACAUUCCCCUCGCGUACCGCAUCCUCUUCCUCUGGUUCGAACCAUUUGCCGCGUUCGCAGGCUCCUUCAUAAUCUGGUUCUCCCCCGAAAUGUUUCUCAACACAAUGACCCCGACCGCCAAAUUUGCACCCGACAAUCGCGUUAUUUACAAUCAGGUCGCAGCGACAUACACGCUCUUUGCCUACAACGAAGCGAUUCUUCUACGCGCUACCAACGAUCUUCGUGUUUGGAGGACUGUAUUGAUUGGGAUUUUGGUAUGUGAUGCGCUGCAUCUGUACGCGAGCUGGCUUGCGAUCCCAGACGUGUUUUGGAACCCGGCGGCGUGGAGAUGGGAGGAUUGGGCCAAUUUGGGGAGUCUGUGGGGACAGGGCGCUGUAAGGAUCGCGUUUUUGAUGGGGGUUGGUUUGCAGGGGAAUACUCGUGUCAAGGCGGAUUGA